AUGAAGGUGUCCUGUCCAGACUGUCCUGUCGAUCCAGAGUCCAGACGCUCCUCGACCUCACCUGUUCUUUUCCUCUGCUCAUCUCUCUCGUUGUGCAGUGGAUGAGGUGGUCGCUUCUGUGAUCUCUUUGUCUUUAGUGCGCGGAGCUUGCUUCUGCUUCUCUAUGGUGCGGCUUCGGCCAACCCUCCUUCAAGAUGCAGUCCUCCCCAAACAUGCUUACCAAGUUUGAGUCGAAAUCAUCCCGUGCGAAGGGAAUUGCCUUCCAUCCCAAGCGACCAUGGAUUCUCGUAUCCCUUCAUUCAUCCACAAUCCAGCUGUGGGACUAUCGCAUGGGAACCCUCAUUGAUCGUUUCGAAGAACACGAUGGCCCCGUUCGAGGCAUUGACUUCCACCCGACCCAGCCCCUCUUCGUGUCCGGAGGUGACGAUUACAAGAUCAAAGUCUGGAGCUACCAGACUCGGAGAUGUCUAUUCACAUUAAAUGGCCACCUGGACUAUGUGCGGACCGUCUUUUUCCACCAUGAGCUCCCCUGGAUUCUGUCUGCGUCAGACGAUCAAACCAUCAGAAUCUGGAAUUGGCAAAACAGAUCAUUGAUCUGCACCAUGACCGGCCAUAACCACUAUGUGAUGUGCGCGCAAUUCCAUCCUACCGAAGACCUCAUCGCCUCCGCCUCGUUGGAUCAGUCUGUUCGCAUUUGGGAUAUCUCAGGAUUGCGGAAGAAGCACUCGGCUCCAACCACCAUGUCAUUCGAGGAUCAGAUGGCCCGCGCCAACCCGGGACAAGCGGAUAUGUUUGGAAACACUGAUGCAGUCGUGAAGUUCGUUCUGGAGGGUCACGAUCGAGGUGUCAACUGGGUUUCUUUCCACCCCACUUUGCCCCUGAUUGUGUCCGCAGGCGAUGACCGCCUCAUUAAGCUCUGGAGGAUGAGUGAUACCAAAGCAUGGGAAGUCGACACCUGUCGUGGCCAUUUUCAGAAUGCGUCUGCCUGCCUGUUCCACCCUCACCAAGACCUUAUCCUUUCUGUCGGCGAAGACAAGACAAUCCGCGCCUGGGAUUUGAACAAAAGAACCUCCGUCCAGUCCUUUAAGCGGGAUGUGGACCGAUUCUGGGUCAUUGCUGCGCACCCCGAAAUCAACCUGUUCGCUGCCGGUCAUGACACUGGUGUGAUGGUUUUUAAGCUGGAAAGGGAGAGGCCUGCAUCUGCGGUGUACCAGAAUCAAUUGUUCUAUAUUACCAAGGAGAAGCACGUUAAAUCGUUUGACUUUGCAAAGAACGUCGAAUCUCCAUCUAUGCUCUCCUUGCGCAAGCUUGGAUCUCCUUGGGUUCCUCCUCGCGCCCUCUCCUACAACCCCGCCGAGCGUGCCAUUCUCGUUACUUCUCCCACCGACGGCGGUGUUUAUGAGUUGAUCCAUCUUCCCCGGGACGCCACUGGAGCCAUUGAACCGACCGAUGUUAAACGGGGCCAAGCCUCGUCUGCCGUCUUUGUUGCUCGCAAUCGGUUCGCUGUCUUCAGCCAAACAAACCAGCAGGUAGAUAUCAAGGAUCUCAGCAACUCCACGACAAAGUCCAUCAAGCCCCCUGCUGGAACCACGGAUAUCUACUUUGGUGGAACUGGCUGCCUGCUUUUCAUCACUCCCACUACUGUUGUUCUGUUUGACAUCCAACAGAAGAAGCAGCUGGCAGAGUUGGCUGUAAGCGGUGUUAAGUAUGUUGUGUGGUCCAAUGACGGACUCUAUGCAGCCUUGCUCAGCAAGCACAAUGUCACCAUCGUCACAAAGACCCUAGAGCAAGUGAGUAGCCUGCACGAGACGAUCCGUAUCAAGAGCGCAGCUUGGGAUGACGCUGGCGUCCUUCUUUACUCCACCUUGAACCACGUUAAGUACUCGCUGCUGAAUGGUGAUAGUGGUAUCAUUCGGACCUUGGACCAGACAGUCUACCUUGUCAAGGUCAAGGGCCGCAGCGUCUACUGCCUGGACCGAAAUGCUAAGCCAAGGACCCUAGACAUUGAUCCCACCGAAUACCGAUUCAAGCUUGCGCUUGUCAAGAGGAACUACGAUGAAAUGCUGCAGAUUAUCAAGACUUCCAGCCUGGUUGGUCAAAGCAUCAUCUCUUAUCUACAGAAGAAAGGGUACCCAGAGAUUGCCCUCCAGUUCGUGGAAGAUCCCCAAACACGCUUCGAACUCGCCCUAGAGUGUGGUAACCUUGAUGUCGCAAUCGAAAUGGCGAGAGAGCUAGAUCGCCCUAACUUGUGGAGCCGCCUCGGUACUGAGGCCUUGGCACAUGGCAACCACCAGAUCGUCGAGAUGGCUUACCAAAAACAGCGCAACUUUGAUAAAUUGUCUUUCUUGUACCUGUCGACCGGAGACCAGGAGAAGCUGUCAAGAAUGGCUAAGAUCGCAGAACAUCGUGGUGACUUCACGUCGCGUUUCCAGAAUGCGAUCUACCGUGGAGAUGUGGAAGACAGAAUUCAAAUGUUCAAGGAAGUUGAUCAAUAUCCUCUCGCAUACCUUACUGCCAAGUCUCACGGCCUGACAGAGGAGGCUGAGUCUAUCCUCGAGGCCUGUGGUCUAACGGAAGACCAGAUCUCGCUUCCGACAAUCGACGAGCCUCUUCCAGUGCCACGUCCCAUUGUGGAAACCUUCAAGGCAAGCUGGCCCGUCAAGGCUGCAGCGCACUCCUCUUUCGAAAAGGCUCUUCUUGGAGAAGUUGGAGCCGGUGACGAGGAAGCCGGUGAGCUCGACUUUGAAGGCGAAGAGGAAAAUGAUGAGGCCGUUACUGCACGUGAAACUCUUGAAGGAGAAGAAGAAGAAGACGUUGCUGGAUGGGACAUGGGUGACGAAAUUAAUGUCGAGGAAGAUGUUGAGUUUGUCAAUGUUGACAGCGCAGAGGCGGGCACAGGCAGCACUGAGGCAGACCUUUGGGCUCGCAACUCUCCGCUAGCGGCAGACCAUGUUGCUGCUGGGUCCUUUGACACAGCCAUGCAACUACUUAACCGCCAGGUGGGAGCUGUGAACUUCACUCCUUUGAAACCCAGAUUUCUUGAAGUCUUCAAGGCAUCCAAGACGUAUCUCGCUGCGACUCCCAGCCUUCCUCCGUUAGUUAACUAUGUUCGACGAACCGUUGAUGAGACCGACAGCCGUAAAGUCCUGCCUGUUAUCCCCAAGGACCUCGAGACGAUUGCCAAUGUCGAUCUGCAAGAGGGUUAUGCAGCAAUGAGGGCCAACAAGCUAGAAGAUGGCGUUAAGAUCUUCAAGGGCAUCUUGCACUCGAUCUUGGUGAACAGCGUGUCAUCGGAGGCUGAGGUUGAGCAAGCCAAGAAGAUCAUCGAGACCGCUCGGGAGUACAUCUUGGCCAUGUCUAUUGAGUUGGAGCGCCGUACUCUGUCGGCAGAAACCCCCGAGGGUCUUCAGAGAAGCCUCGAACUCUCUGCCUACUUCACCAUUCCUAAACUGGAGGUUGCUCACAGGCAACUUGCUCUCGCUCAAGCGAUGAAGUUUGCCUUCACCCACAAGAACUACUCUUCUGCUCUUAGCUUCGCCAAUCGCAUGCUGGCUAAUGGUGGCUCUGCUAAGCUUCUGGAACAGGCCAAGAAGGUCAAGGCCCAAUGCGAGCGUAGCCCCCAGGACAAAAUCGACAUUGAAUUCGACCAGUUCGCCGACUUUGAUAUCUGUGCUGCUUCGUAUACGCCGAUCUACGGCGGAUCCCCAAGCGUCUCCGACCCUUUCACCAAUGCGAAGUACCACGAACAAUAUAAGGGUAGUGUGUGCCGCAUCUCUGAUGUAACUGAGAUCGGUGCACCGGCGAGUGGACUGCGGUUGUUUGUCCCGGGCCAGAAUUAAUUUCCAGAUGACGACGUGCGAUGGCUUAUGUUUCAACAUAGAAAAGUGAACUUGCUUACUUCUAUGAGGGCUAGUUGUUGGUCUUUGGGGUGGCGAGGAACGCUCGUGUUAUUUAGAUGUAUCGAUCUAUUAUUGCCUGUCUUCGAUAUUUCCUGAGCGAUGUUAGUAUAACUAUUUCACAAUUAUUAUUGUCAAUGCAAUGCAAGUUGAACCUGUUCCGUGUGG